AUAUAAUAACCCUAACUCCAUUUUUCGCAAAACCAAAACUCACGGCUCUUCUCUGCUUCGCAUUUCUACUGCUAACUUCUGCUGCUUCAAAAUGUCACCUAAUUGAUCCAAUCAAAUUCUAGCUCCGACUCUCAAGAUUAGGAACUGAUCGUGAAAUUCCGAAGCCAGAAGUAACGGAUUUGUAAGUGAAAAUGGACGCUACGUUUGAGGAAGAAGCUGAGCAGGCUGUUACUCUCAACGAGUACCUUGAGGAAGUUGAGGAACGUGAACUGGAAGUUGAUUUAGUUUUGGGCGGUGAUGAUGGCAAAGAGUGUACCUAUGGCAAAGGUUAUUUGAAAAGGCAGGCGAUUUUCUCUUGCCUCACCUGCACUCCGGAUGGGAAUGCUGGAGUUUGCACUGCUUGCUCAUUGUCUUGUCAUGAUGGCCACCAGAUUGUGGAACUAUGGACAAAAAGAAACUUUAGGUGUGACUGUGGGAAUUCGAAGUUUGGUGAAUUUUACUGCAAGAUUCUUCCAAAUAAAGAUGUAGAGAACACUGAGAAUUCCUAUAAUCACAACUUCAAAGGUUCAUAUUGCACAUGUGGUCGUCCUUAUCCAGAUCCAGAUGUUGAAGAACAAGUAGAAAUGUUACAAUGCUGCCUCUGUGAGGAUUGGUUUCAUGAGGAGCAUCUUGGACUCGAGUCUUCUGAUGAGAUUCCCAGAGACGAAGAAGGAGAGCCUCUUUAUGAGGAUUUCAUAUGUAAGCCAUGCUCUGAAGUGUGUUUCUUUCUGAAUCUAUAUCCGAAAUCCAUAUGGGCUGUAGGAAAGCAACUAGAUGCUACUGUUGAAGUUAGCAAGGACAAAGGUGUUUUGGAAGAUAAGCCUUCAACUGGAAAGUCUGAAGAGCCAAUGGGUGAUACUUCAAAUAAUAGUCCUAAAGUUGUUGAUGCAAAAGUUGAUUCUGAAUCUGUAUCCGGCGGGCAGAGUAUGCUUCAGGGUGGAAAUUGUGAUGGCAGCUUGGAUUUGAACCAAUGCCCAGAAAGCACAUCCAAUGGGAAGAGUAUGCUUCAGGUUGGAGAUUGUAAUGAUGGCCUGGAUUUAAAACUGAAUUUAAACCGAGGCACAGAAAACAUAUCUGGUGGGAAGAGUAUGCUCCAUGGUGGAAAGUGUAUUGACAGCCUGGAUCUAAACCAAUGUGCAGGAAGCUCUGAUAUGAAAGUUGACUGUCUCCUGGGUGUUGACAUUGCUGCUGCUUCCCCAAUUUUACCCAGUAAAGCAAUGUUUCUUUCUAAAAAUUGGAGGGAUGCUUUAUGCAAAUGCAACAAAUGUAUGGAGUUUUAUCAUCAGAAGCGGAUCACUUUCCUAAUUGACAAGGAAGACUCCAUUGCGGAGUAUGAGAGAGUGGCCAAGCAAAAGAGAGAAGCAAAUAUUGAGCAACAACAGGGUGCAGAGUUAAGCUUUUUUAAUAAACUUGGACAUGUAGAGAAAGUGGAGAUCUUGAAGGGCAUUCAAGAGAUGAAGGAUGGGCUUCGUUCUUUCCUGGAAUCCGCAGACACAUCAAAGCCAAUUACAGCUGAUGAUGUUCAUCAGUUAUUUGAUAACAUCAAGAAGAAGCGUAGACGAGAUGUAUAGUAAGUUUAUUUCGUCUUGGCAGUUAAAGAGCUUGCGGGUCAAAACUUUUAAGAACAUGCACUUUCAGUGUUGCUUUGAAUGAUGGAAUAUUCAUAAGGCCUGCAUCGUUUAUGAUAUUUAAGCUACAAUGUUCUACUUUGUAUGAACUUUUUUUAACCUUUCCAACUCCGACCGUAUUUGGGUUCUC